AUGUUUAAUACAUCAUAUGAAGCUUUGAGUGAUAAACUGGAAGACAACACGAAAGCUGUCAAAGAGCAAACUGCUUCCCUUGAAAAGUGCCUCAGGAUGAUUGACGAGCUGGCUGCGGAAAACAGAAGCCUUCGAGAGAAAGUGAGCAGUCUGGAGAUGCGUAUUGACGACUUGGAACAAUACUCUAGAGUCAAUUCUGUGGAGAUACAUGGAGACCUGGCCCGAACAGUCCCGCAACCAGGAAUUGUGGUCAAAUUCGUUCGACGUCUGGACAAAGAGGAACUGCUGAGGAAGCGCCGUGUCAAGAGCAACUUCUCCACCAGACACAUGAACCUCAGCAUGGAUCAGCCCAUUUAUAUAAAUGAGGCUUUAUCACAGGCGAGAAGGCGUCUGCUAGCGGCGGCGCGACAAGUCAAGAAAGAAAAGAGCUUCAAGUAUCUCUGGGUUCGAGUGUGGAAAAAUUUUUCUCAGAAAGGAAGAGAAGGCGCCCCAGUUGUUUUAUGGAAUGACUUGCCAGGCCGGUGA